UGACUAUAUCCAUAUGAUAAAAUAAACAACAAUACCAAGGGAAAAAACCAACACAAAUUAAUUAUCAUCAUGAAAACGAACUCUGAGGUUAAGAUAAUCGAGUUGGUCCAUCCUAAUCAGAACAAGAAAAUAAUGUGAAACGAGCACAUUGACAAAAGUAAAAAAAAAAAAGAAAGAGGAUGAAAACAGAGGCUUCUGGAAAGCACUGGCAAGUUCUAGACUUCCUCAUUUCUGGAACUCGCACGAGACCACCGGAAUUUCCCUCUCACACUAUAAAUCAUCCUCCUCCUCCACCGAGUUCAUCAUCAAAUAUUUCGAGUGUUGCAGAAGUCCUCAGCAAUCAAAACAAUUAAUUAUCUCGAGUAGAAAUCAAGCUAAAAUGUCUCUGAUUCCGAGCUUCUUCGGCAGCCGCCGCAGCAACGUCUUCGACCCAUUCUCCCUCGAUGUUUGGGAUCCCUUCGAGGGGUUCAAUUUCCCCUCCUCCGCCCGUGAAACCACCGCGGUGGCCGGCGCCCGCAUCGACUGGAAGGAGACGCCGGAGGCCCAUCUCUUCAAGGUGGAUGUUCCCGGAUUGAAGAAAGAGGAAGUCAAGGUCGAGGUCGAAGACGGCGGCAUUCUGCAAAUCAGUGGGGAGAGAAGUAAGGACCAGGAGGAGAAGAACGACAAGUGGCACCGCGUGGAGAGGAGCAGCGGGAAGUUCCUCCGCCGCUUCAAGCUGCCGGAGAAUGCGAAGCUGGAGCAGGUGAAGGCGGCGAUGGAGAAUGGGGUGCUGACUGUGACGGUGCCUAAAGAGGAAGUGAAGAGGCCGGAAGUGAAGGCCAUUGAUAUCUCUGGUUGAUUUGCAUUUUGUGAAGAAGUUUGUGUAAUGUAAAAACGAUGAUCAAAGCCCAAAGGAGUUGUGUCAGAUUAAUAAAUAAAUAAACGUGUGUUUCUUUGUUAA